AUGGCACCUACCACUUCGUUUAAAUUGGCUACGGAAUUACCAGCUUGGAAAGACUUGGAAUCUCUCUAUAAUAAGGAAGGUAAGAAUUUUAACCUUGUACAAGCAUUCCAAAAUGACCCAAAAAGAUUUGAUGAAUUUUCAAAAAUAUUCACCAACUUUGACGGGUCAAAGAUUCUUUAUGAUUUCUCCAAGAACUUGGUCAAUAAGGAUAUCUUUGACAAGUUAAUUGACUUGGCUAAACAAGCAAAUGUUGAAAAAUUGAGAGACGAAAUGUUUGCCGGUGACCAUAUCAAUACUACGGAAGAUAGAGCUGUUUACCACGUGGCAUUGAGAAACCGUGCUUUGAGAAAAAUGCCUGUGGAUGGAAAAGACACUUGUAAGGAAGUUGACGAUGUCUUGCAACACAUGAAGGAAUUCUCUAAUCAGGUGAGAGACGGUUCAUGGAAAGGUUUUUCUGGCAAGGCAAUCACCGAUGUGGUUAAUAUCGGUAUCGGCGGCUCCGAUUUGGGUCCAGUAAUGGUCACAGAGGCAUUGAAAGCAUACCACAAACCAGGUUUGAAUGUACACUUUGUUUCAAACAUUGACGGAACACACAUUGCCGAAGUCUUGAGAGCGCUUAAUGUAGAAACAACAUUGUUCUUGAUUGCUUCCAAAACCUUCACAACUGCAGAGACUAUCACAAAUGCCAACACGGCUAAAAAUUGGUUUUUAAAACACUCAAAUAACAAUACCGAUGCCAUUGCCAAACAUUUCGUUGCUUUGUCAACCAAUGAGAAAGAAGUUGUUAAUUUCGGUAUCGAUGCAAAGAAUAUGUUUGGAUUUGAGAGUUGGGUUGGAGGACGUUACUCGGUUUGGUCUGCAAUCGGUUUGUCAGUUGCAAUCUACAUUGGAUUUGACAAUUUUGAGAAAUUUUUAAAAGGUGCAGAAGCUGUUGACCAACAUUUCUUAACUACUCCAUUGGAGAACAAUAUCCCGGUUAUUGGUGGUUUGCUCUCUGUUUGGUACAACAAUUUCUUUGACGCACAAACCCACUUGAUUGCCCCAUUUGAUCAAUAUUUGCAUAGAUUCCCAGCAUACUUGCAACAAUUGUUUAUGGAAUCUAAUGGUAAAUCAGUCACAAGAGCCAAUGUUUUCACAAAUUACCAAACCGGUGCUGUUAUCUUUGGUGAGCCAGCUACAAAUGCUCAACACUCCUUCUUCCAAUUACUUCACCAGGGAACAAAAGUCAUUCCAGCUGAUUUCAUUUUAGCUGCUCAAUCGCAAAAUCCAAUUGAGAACAACAAACACCAAAAAAUGUUGGCUUCCAACUUUUUUGCUCAAUCCGAAGCAUUAAUGGUUGGUAAAAACGAAGAGAAAGUUAAGGCUGAAGGUGCCACUGGAGGAUUGGUUCCUCACAAGAUCUUCAGCGGUAACAGACCAACAACAUCAAUCUUGGCACAGAAGAUUACUCCUGCUACUUUGGGUGCUUUGAUUGCAUACUAUGAGCAUGUCACUUUCACCGAAGGAGCUGUUUGGAACAUCAACUCAUUCGACCAGUGGGGUGUUGAGUUGGGUAAAGUUUUAGCCAAGGCUAUUGGUAAACAAUUGGACGACAAAAAACCAGUUGAAGACCACGAUCCUUCUACUAAUAGUUUAAUCAAUACAUUUAAGGAAUGGGAAGAGUGA